GUCCAACUUAUUUCACUCGUAAGCUGUGGCCAGAAUUUAGAGAGAGAGAGAGAGAGAAAGGAUAAAGAGAAAGCGCCAAUCUUGUUCAUCUGAAGAGACACACACACACUUAGCCAUGGCUUCCAUCUCAUGCUCUAUCCAACUAACAAUAAAUUCAAGAUCAUCUUCAUCCUCUCAUCCAACCUCUAUUCACCCUAUGUUGAAUUUGCCAAAUGGGUUUCUGGGCAUCCCCAGAAACUCAUGUGGGCCCAUUAAAAAAUACAGCAGCACCACCAAACUGGGACCCAGCAAUGGUGGAAGAGCCAAGUGCUGGUUUAGGUUUAAUGCUGAAAGUGCUGGUGUUUAUGGUAGCCAAUCCCGUGAUGACUUUGAUAGAGAUGAUGUUGAACAGUAUUUCAAUUACAUGGGAAUGCUUGCAGUAGAGGGUUCAUAUGACAAGAUGGAAGCACUCUUAAACCAGGACAUCCACCCAGUAGAUAUCCUACUAUUGAUGGCUGCCUCAGAAGGUGACAAACCUAAGAUUGAAGAGCUAUUAAGAGCCGGAGCGCAAUAUGAUGUAAAGGAUGCCGAUGGAAGAACCGCCCUCGAUAGAGCUAAUGAUGAGAUACGAGAUUUUAUCAUCAAUUUCAAACCACAAAAGGCUUAACAUCGCAGUAGAACUGUUGUUUCUCCUCCACCUUGGUCAUGCGAUUUUGUGUUUUAAAUCAAACGAUACGAUGUUAACCCUUCCUUUUUGUAUGAGAAAUUAGAAAUAUUAUUAGUUGCAUUAACGAAAAA